CAAAACCAUAUAGUUUUCAAUUCAAAACAUUAUAAAUCAAUCCCAAAGUGAUCAAAACAAAUCAAUCAUAUUUAUAAGAUCAUGAUCAUGAACCCCAAAUCCUCAUCAUUUCCAUUCAUGAUCAUCAUCUCCAUGAUCAUCCUCAACAUCUCUACCACCAUUGUUGUUGCCAAUUUCGUCGAAAAAACUUGCAAGAAAUGCGAAAAGAACAACCCAAACGUCGACUACGAGUUCUGCGUUUCAUCCUUCCGUUCCCACCCGGGUAGCGACUCGGCCGACCUUCGCAAACUCGGAGCCAUCUCGUUACAUUUGAUUGGAAAGAACGUGAGCAACUCGGUCGAGUACGUGGAAGAUCUAUUGCAUAAAAAGGAAGUAGAUCCAUACAAAAGGGCUAGGUUAAAUGAUUGCUUGGAGGUGUAUUGUGAGGCAGUUGUUAGUGUAGAAGAAGGGAAGAAGGCAUACAAGGAAGGGAGGUAUGAUGAUGUUAAUAUCAAAGUGAGCUCAGUGAUGGAUGCUGGUAGGGUUUGUGAAGAUGGGUUUAGGGAAAAAGAAGGCCUCUCAUCGCCAUUGACGAGGUGGAAUAAUGAUACCUUUAACUUGACUGCCAUAGCUCUUUCAAUUAUCAAUAUGCUUUCUUAACAUUU